AUGGAAGAGUUGAAAUCAUCGAAUUAAAUAGUUACAUAAUAAAAAUUGAAAUGUAUUACUAAUUAUAUUAAAUUAUUUUUUUCUAAUAGAGGAUUGAUUGAAUAAGAAGAAAUUCAAUUUAUAAAAAAUAUCAUAAAUGAAGAAUAAUACUUUAAAAAAUAAUCAAUUCUUAAAUCAAACUAGCCUAUAAAUUUUAGAUUUACAAGAUAAAAAAAUGAAGAUUAAAUUUAAUCAACAGUAGUUGAUUUUGCCAAUUAAAAUAUAGGAGGUUAGGCAUUAAAUUAUAAGAGUUGUACUCAGGAAGAUGUAUUAUAAAUAUAUAUUAAACAAAUAGAUAUUAAUGUUAUUAUAUACUGAGGCUAUAAUAUGUGUAUUAUUUGUAGAACCAAUGAAACCAAAUGAAGCUGUUUUAAUUGAAAAUCUUAUCAAAUAUAAUAAUUAUAUGGGAUAUGAAAGUACAUUCCAACAUAAAAAUUUGGAAUAAUUCAAAUGGGAAGAGAAAUAUCAUUUAUUAGUAAAGAAGAUAUAAUAAAUAUUUUAUAGGCUAUUGAUGCUGAAGAAUACUUUGAUGAUGAAGAUUAAUUUAGUUAAAAAAAUAUUAAUAGAGAAUUAAUUAAAUGUUAUUCUGGAUUUGAAAUUGCUUUAUUGAGAUAGCCACAUUACUCAAUUUCUACUGGUAAGUGGGGUUGUGGAAUAUUUAAGGGAAAUCCAUAUUUAAAAACUUUAAUAUAGUUAAUGUGUUUUGGUUAAGCAUGUAAUGUAACAAAAGAUAAAAAAAAUUAAAUUAUAUUUAAUGUUAGUAGUGAUAUUGAACUUUUUAAUUUUGGUUAAGAAUUACUAAAAAGGAAAGAAUUAAUAACAUUGAAUAAUAUAUAGGUAACAUUAAAAAAAAUUAAAAAUAAUAAAUUUAAUAAUAAUGAAGAAUUGAAAAUGAAAAUAUUGAAUGAAUUAUAAAAAUAAUAUAAUUCAAAGAGAUAUCCAUUUAGUAAAGCUUUAUUAGGUUGUGUUAUAAUAAGUUUUGCUGGUGUUUUAUGGAAUUGGCAUAAAUAUUGA